AUGUCUCUCCUCACACCGCUGCAAUACCCUGCACAGAUUAGACAAACAGACAGCAAAGGAGCUUCCAUAGACAGAAAAGUCGUCCAUGAAAACUUCCAUUAUGUCCUCAAUAAGGUCAGUGAAAAUAGACAUCAUGCAGCGCUGGAACGUCGCCGGUGCAUUGCACAGUCCAAACGGCAUUCUGCGAUAUGCAUAAGUGCCAUAUGGACAUGUGAAUGUCGUCUUCUCCUGGUCGUCUGGGUGGAUGGGGAUCUGAAAGAAACCUGA